GCGAGUGGCGCAGGGACCCAGCGGGCUGCUGGGGCUUCUGCGACGCCCGCCUACGCUCCCUCCCCUCGGGCGCUCGGGGCGCCGACUGGCGCCGCCUCCCGGGAAAAUGGCGCUGCACUUUCAGAGUUUGGCUGAAUUGGAAGUAUUAUGUACUCAUCUCUACAUAGGGACUGAUCUUACACAAAGAAUAGAGGCUGAGAAAGCACUCCUGGAACUUAUUGACAGCCCAGAAUGUCUCAGCAAGUGUCAACUUUUAUUAGAACAAGGAACAACAUCCUAUGCUCAACUCCUUGCAGCAACAUGUCUUUCAAAACUUAUUAGCCGAGUCAGUCCUUUGCCGAUUGAACAAAGAAUAGAUAUCAGAAACUACAUUCUUAAUUAUGUGGCAUCACAACCCAAGCUGGCUCCCUUUGUCAUCCAAGCUCUAAUUCAAGUCAUUGCUAAAAUUACUAAAUCGGGGUGGUUUGAGGUUCAGAAAGACCAGUUUGUCUUCAGAGAAAUUAUUGCUGAUGUGAAGAAGUUUCUUCAGGGUACUGUGGAACACUGCAUAAUAGGAGUAAUAAUCCUCUCAGAAUUGACUCAGGAAAUGAACCUGGUUGAUUAUUCUAGACCUUCAGCAAAACACAGGAAAACCGCUACCUCAUUUCGUGACACUUCUCUUAAAGACAUUUUAGUGCUAGCAUGCUCUCUUCUAAAAGAGGUGUUGGCCCAGCCUUUAAACCUUCAGGAUCAAGGUCAACAAAACCUAGUAAUGCAAGUCUUGAAACUGGUCCUCAACUGCCUUAACUUUGACUUCAUUGGCAGUUCAGCAGAUGAAUCUAUAGAUGAUCUUUGCACAGUACAGAUUCCAACAACUUGGAGAACAAUUUUCCUGGAACCAGAAACAUUGGAUCUUUUCUUUAAUUUGUAUCAUUCACUUCCACCACUCCUAUCUCAGUUAGCACUUUCAUGUUUAGUUCAGUUUGCUUCUACAAGAAGGUCCUUAUUUAGCAGUCCUGAACGUGCCAAGUACCUUGGUAAUUUAAUCAAGGGAGUAAAAAGGAUACUUGAAAACCCUCAGGGUUUGUCCAAUCCAGGUAAUUAUCAUGAAUUUUGUCGAUUUUUGGCUCGUUUAAAGACAAAUUACCAGCUGGGAGAAUUAGUUAUGGUGAAGGAGUAUCCUGAAGUUAUCAGAUUGAUUGCUAAUUUUACCAUUACUAGCCUACAGCAUUGGGAAUUUGCUCCCAACAGUGUUCAUUAUUUAUUAACUCUCUGGCAAAGGAUGGUAGCAUCAGUUCCUUUUGUGAAAUCAACUGAACCCCACUUAUUAGACACUUAUGCACCAGAAAUCACGAAGGCCUUUAUCACUUCUCGGUUGGAAUCUGUUGCCAUAGUUGUGAGAGAUAAUUUAGAUGAUCCACUGGAUGAUACUGCCACUGUGUUUCAGCAGUUGGAGCAGUUGUGCACUGUUAGCAGAUGUGAAUAUGAGAAGACAUGCACUCUUCUUGUACAGUUGUUUGAUCAAAAUGCACAGAAUUACCAAAAGCUUCUGCAUUCAGCUUCUGGAAUAACUGUGGACAUGGCAAUUCAGGAAGGACGUCUUGCCUGGCUGGUAUACUUGGUUGGGACAGUUGUUGGAGGAAGAUUAACAUAUAUCAGUACAGAUGAACAUGAUGCUAUGGAUGGAGAAUUAUCCUGUCGUGUUUUUCAGCUUAUAUCUUUAAUGGAUACUGGAUUGCCUCAGUGUUCUAAUGAGAAAAUAGAACUUGCAAUUCUGUGGUUCUUGGAUCAGUUUCGUAAAACGUAUGUUGGUGAUCAACUUCAGCGAACCUCAAAGGUUGUACGCCUGAGGAGUGAUGUGUCCAGAGUUCCAGAGAAGUCUUGGAAAAUAGUUCAGGUAUAUGCCCGUAUGUCAGAAGUCUUAGGAAUAACAGAUGACAACCAUGUUCUAGAAACAUUCAUGACAAAAAUUGUCACAAACCUUAAAUACUGGGGAAGAUGUGAGCCUGUCAUUUCAAGGACUCUUCAGUUCCUAAAUGACCUUUCUGUUGGCUAUAUCCUCUUAAAAAAACUUGUGAAGAUAGAUGCCGUGAAAUUCAUGUUAAAAAAUCACACGAGUGAACACUUCCCCUUUCUUGGCAUCAGUGACAGUUACAGUCUCAGUGACUUCAGGUGCCGAACAACCUUCUACACAGCCCUCACUCGUCUUCUGAUGGUAGACCUAGGCGAAGAUGAGGACGAAUUUGAGAAUUUCAUGCUGCCUCUUACAGUCUCUUUUGAAACAGUGAUACAGAUAUUCAAUAACAACUUUAAACAAGAAGAUGUAAAGCGUCUGUUGAUCGGGCUGGCAAGAGAUCUUCGAGGGAUUGCCUUUGCACUGAACACAAAGACCAGCUACACCAUGCUGUUUGACUGGAUGUACCCAACAUAUAUUCCCAUUCUUCAGAGGGCUGUUGAGCAGUGGUAUGGAGAGCCAGCAUGUACAACUCCCAUCUUAAAACUUAUGGCAGAACUGAUGCAAAACAGAUCCCAGCGUUUGAACUUUGAUGUAUCAUCUCCUAAUGGAAUUCUUCUCUUCAGAGAAGCUAGUAAAAUGAUUUGCACUUAUGGUAAUCAGAUCCUGUCCCUCGGGAGCCUCUCAAAAGAUCAGAUUUAUCCCAUGAAACUCAAGGGCAUCUCCAUCUGCUAUUCAGCUCUCAAAUCUGCCUUGUGUGGAAAUUAUGUCAGCUUUGGCGUCUUCAAGUUGUACGGGGACAACCAUUUUGACAAUGUACUCCAGGCCUUUGUCAAAAUGCUGCUGUCAGUGUCCCACAGUGACUUGCUACAAUAUCGGAAACUGAGCCAGUCUUAUUAUCCACUCCUGGAAUGUCUCACCCAGGACCACCUGAGCUUCAUCACCAACUUAGAGCCUCCUGUACUCCUAUAUGUUCUCACAUCUAUCUCAGAGGGACUCAGUACUCUUGAUACAGUUGUCUCCUCCAGCUGCUGUACCAGUUUAGACUACAUCGUCACCUACCUCUUCAAGCACAUAGCAAAAGAGGGCAGGAAGCCACUUCGAUGCAGAGAGGCUGCCCAGGCUGGUCAGAGACUAUUACAUUUUAUGCAGCAAAAUCCAGAGGUCCUGCAGCAGAUGAUGUCUGUCCUCAUGAAUACCAUUGUCUUUGAAGACUGUCGGAACCAGUGGUCAGUAUCCAGGCCUCUCCUGGGGCUCAUCCUGCUCAACGAGAAGUAUUUCAGUGGACUGAGGGCAAGUCUGAUAAACAGCCAACCUCUCCCCAGGCAGGAGGUCCUUGCCCAGUGCUUCAGGAACCUAAUGGAAGGAGUGGAGCAGAACCUGUCUGUCAAGAACAGAGACAGGUUCACCCAGAACCUCUCGGUCUUCAGAAGAGAUGUGACAGAGGCCCUGCGCAGUGAUGGCAGCACCGAACCGUGCAGCCUGGACAUGAUGAGCUGACCCGACUUCUGACCGUGUGCCGAGCAGCUUUUAUCAAGAGACCUGUGGGUCUGGAUCCCAGGACAGUGAUGUUGGCUAGCCCAGGGGAAUCCAUUUUUCAAAACAAACAAACAACAACAACAAAAGUCCUACCUUUUUAUAAGCCUGGCCUAAUUAUAAGAAUUUAUAAUAGCGCACAAUGUAAAUUCAGUCUUUGCACUGAAAAAGCAAAAGAUGUGUUUUCAGUCUUUCUAUAAAAUAUCAUUUAUCUUUGUUCUUAUAAUGCUCUGAAAGGGUGUAGAGACAAUAUUUAACCAAAGAAUAUAAUAAACCAUGUUUACGCCUAAGUGUGUACUAGUUAAUGGUUCUGCAGUCAAGGUUGUGAAUUUGUGAGAGAUGCAGCCUUCAACAUAGAUCCCGGAUUGAGACGAAUAUACCAUUUGAACCUGUUAAAUUAGUAGUUCGUUAUGAGUCUGGAAAAAGCAGCACUGGGGACUCUGAGCUAUGGGCAUUUAGAACGAGCCUGGGAGCUCUCCAGAGCAUCCCACAGGACUGCACACAGCCCUCUCUCUCUGCCUCAGCAGCG